GUGCUUUCGACAGUGACGAGCUCCAGCUUGCUGGUCGUCGAUGGAGCUGCAAAAUCUCGGUCGAUCGUUUUCGGCAACCACGUUCACACACGUGGAAACGAAUGGCGUGCCAAACGGGAAUGGGUUGCACGAGCAGAGCCUGGAAUACGAAGUGGAACCCGGGUGCUGCACAAAAGCCUACUGCUCCAAAUGCGCAGCCUCGUGUUGCACCGAGAAAACUCUGCGCAGGAAAUUGCCCCUCUUGACCUGGCUGAAAAAGUACUCGAGGGGAGACUUUCUAGGUGACCUCAUUGCUGGCAUAACCGUCGGCCUGACCCUGGUUCCCCAGGUCAUUGCCUUUUCUGAGCUGGCAAACCUUCCUGCUGAAUUUGUGUCGGCGCCGGUGUCGGCGGGCUUCAUAUCAGCGGCGGCCAUCAUCAUCGUGAUGAGCCAGUUCAAGUCCAUCCUGGGCCUGACCGGGAUGCACGGCGAGGACGCCAUCGAGCUCAUACGGGGCCUGUAUCGUCGCAUCGGCAGCACGAACCUCGAGGACCUGGGCCUGGGGCUAGUCUGCAUCGUCUUCCUCAUCGCCCUCAGGGAAAUCAGGAGAGUUCAAUGGGCCUGGUGUUUCAGUCCCGAAAUAGCCAAGAAGGUGUCGCAGAUAAUGCAUGUGCUGUCAGCUGCCAGGAAUGUCUUCUUGAUCAUGUUGUGCUCAAUUGCUGCCUAUAUUUGGGACGCAAAAUCUGGCAAAUGGGGGAUCACUUUGACAGUUGAUGGGGAAGUUGUGAAUGUCCCUCAGAGGGAUUUCACUGACAUUGUGCAUGCAGCUGGUUCAGCCAUGUUUGUGAUCCCACUCAUAGCCAUUGUGGAGCAUGUCGCUGUUUGCAAGUCCUUUGCCAACAGAAAGGCAGUGGAUGUGAACCAGGAGCUGAUUGCCCUGGGAAUGAGCCAGUUGGUGAGCUCAUUUUUCAGAUCAAUGCCAAUUACUGGAUCCAUCUCAACCAGCUGUGUGAAUGCUGUUUCUGGCGUAAGAACUCCUCUUGGUGGACUUUUUGCAGGUCAGGCCAUCAACUAA